CCUUGCCAGUGACAGGCUCUUUCCAUCCAGCCGGCUGCACAGAAGCAGAGUUGUCCAGGCUAGUAUAGCACCUUGUGCUCUCCUUUACUCCUUGCUUCUCUGUGGGAGAGGGAAAAGGCUCUGAAGAUGGACCUGUCAUACAGAUCCACCAUCUCCAUCUAUAAGAGUAUCCUGGAGCAGUUCAACCCUGCACUGGAGAACCUGGUGUACCUGGGGAACAAUUACCUGCAUGCCUUCCAUGCAUUAUCCAAAGCGGCUGAAGUGUAUUUUAAGGCAAUUGAGAAGAUUGGGGAGCAAGCACUGCAGAGUUCCUCCUCACACAUGCUGGGUGAAAUUCUGAUGCAGAUGUCUGCCACGCAAAGACUCCUGAGCUCUGAUUUGGAAAUUGUGGCUCAGACAUUCCAUGUGGACCUGCUGCAGCACAUGGAGAAGAACACAAAAAUGGAUGUGCAGUUCAUCAGUGAAAGCCAGAAGCAGUAUGAGCUGCAGUACCAACGCAGAGCCACCAACCUGGAUAAGUGCAUGGCAGAGCUGUGGAGAAUGGAGAGAGCUCGUGAUAAAAAUGUCCGGGAGAUGAAGGAGAGUGUGAUGCGGCUGCGAUCGGAGAUGCAGGCGUUCGUCUCGCAGAGUCAGAGGGAGGCUGAGCUGGAGGAGAAACGCCGCUACCGCUUCCUGGCUGAAAAGCACCAGAUGCUCUACAACACUCUCCUCCAGUUCUACAGCAGGGCCCGGGGUGUGAUCCAGACCAAGGCUCCACAGUGGAAGGAGCAGCUGGAUGCCAGCCGCAACCCCGCAAACAGCCACUCGCAGGGGCUUCUCACCGCCUCCCACAGCCAGGGGUAUCCGUCGGGCCGGCUCACCCCCAGCCACCUCGAGAUGCCCCAGAGACCCCUUGGGGACUUUGCUGCUCCCAUGACUGGGAGCAGAUCCAGCAUCUUCUCUCCAGAUCCUCCAGAAAUGAGACAGUCUCCUCAACCAGAGACCCCCAGGCGGCUGCUGCGGAGGACACCAUCAGCCAGUUUGCUCCCUACUGGCCGCAGCUCCCGCUCGGGUUCCUUCGGCGAGGCCAGCGGCAGCAGCGAGGGCAGGAGGAGGAGCGGCACGGCCAGGGUGCAGGCUAUCGCGUCCCACUCGAUGGGCGCCAACCGGACCCUGCUGCGGUUUGACCCCGGGGACGUCAUCACGGUGCUGAUGCCGGAGGCCCAGAACGGCUGGCUCUAUGGCAAGCUGGAGGGCUCCUCCAUAUGUGGCUGGUUCCCCGAAGCUUACGUCAAGCCUCUGGAGGAUGCCAGGGAGAUGGAGGAGCCAGCCACCAGAUCCUUCCCACUGCGAGGCAGUCACAGUAUGGAUAACAUCCUGGACCAUCCCAGCACUCCUACUUCCAGCAAUUACUGGCCUGCCUCUGCCCAGCCCAGUUUGCCGAACCCACCUCCCCUCUCAGUGGGGACCAGCAGUCACCAGGGUGGGAAAGCCACCCCAGUCAGCUCUGUCUCCAAGAAAUCAGGAGCUUUUGACCAGCCCCCUGAACUCUUCCCACGAGGUACCAACCCCUUUGCCACGGUCAAGCUGCGUCCCACAGUCACCAACGACCGCUCGGCACCCAUCAUCCGAUGAGGGGGGCUGCAGGUGGCAGAGGAUUUCAGCAGGGAAGGGGGAGGCAUAUGAGUGACAGGCUGUGACCCCCAGCUGGGCAGCUAUCUCAUGCUACCACUCAUGCAGUAACUUCUCUUUUCCCCUGCCUUCCCUCCGGGUGAUGGGGACACAUCUUGCCUGCCUGUCCGGCAGCAGCCGAUCCCGGCUGCUCUUUUUGGCUUGUCCCCUGUGCCCCCUCCCCGUGUGAUGUUGCUGUUCUUGAGAGGGAGAAGUCUGGUGGUACUGGUGCUGGUGGCCUGGAGGGGAGGAUGCUGCUGGUCUGUGAGGUGGAGGGACUGAUGGAUAAGAUCAUCUGCAGCAUCGGGCAGUGCUAGCAGGAUGAGGAAGGUGAAGCUUUGCUGGCUCUGCUGUGGGCAGAGAGGACAUUCACCAAACAGUCGCUUUGCUACCAGAAGAGUGAAUUCCAAAGGGAGGAGGCCACAAGAAGGCAUCCAGUGACAUGGGCCAGCUGGUGGGAUCUGCAGCACACAGCUCUCUGCUCUCACACCCUUUGGCCAUUGGUGCCCAUCUGUAGCAGCAUCUGCCUCUUCUUGCCCCCAGUGCAGCCCCUUCCCUCACUGGGCAGCUCUAGGGCAAGGUGGGGGUGGGUGACAGUGCCCAGCACUUCUGUCCUGCUCCUUUGCCUAUUGUCCUGCAGAAAAGAUUUGUGGGUUGUUGGUUUUUUUUUAAUAAAAUGGAGAAUGCUGCUUCCA